CGGCUCAUGAACCAUGGGCUGCGCCAUAUCAGGUCUGGCGGAGAGAGCGGCGGCGUUCGCGGAGAGGAGCCCAGACGAGGACGACGCUGCUGCUGAAGCUGAAGCUGCGCGUCUCAGCGAGCGUCAGGUCCACAUCAUUAAAGAGUCCUGGAGAGUGAUCCGGGAUGACAUCGCCAAAGUCGGGAUCAUCAUGUUUGUCAAGUUGUUCGAGACUCACCCCGAGUGCAAAGACGUCUUCUUCUUGUUCCGGGACGUGAAGGACCUGGAGAAGCUGAGGAGCAGCCGCGAGCUGAGGGCGCACGGGCUCAGGGUCAUGUCCUUCAUUGAGAAAAGUGUGGCCCGCCUGGACCAGCCGGAGCGACUGGAGGUUCUGGCUGUCGAACUGGGGAAAAGCCACUUCCACUACAACGCCCCGCCAAAGUACUUUGGUUACGUGGGGGCGGAGUUCAUCUGUGCGGUGCAGCCCAUCCUGAGGGAGCAGUGGAGCGACGAGCUGGAGACGGCGUGGAAGACGUUGUUCCUGUACGUGAUCGGCCUGAUGAGGAGCGGCUACCAGCAGGAGAGCGACAGACAGCGACACCUAGCGGUGUCCCCGAAGGAGCGUCCAGAGAAGAAGAACACCGCGCUGUGAGCCGACUCCUGCUGCUGAUCCUGAGCCUCGCAAGGACCGGACGACCAAGCGGCUCGACAAAGCUCUUUAUUCUGCCGCACUGAAGACAAAGACAACUGAGGCUGAAGACGUUUGUGCUCUUCGUUUCCAUCGAGAAUCACGUGAACUUCUUUACAAGUCAUUUCGGGGGACCUUCAAACCAACAGACAGAGAGAAGGUACAAUUCAAAUAAAUACUAGCUAAAACAUGAUACAUUCUAAACGAAACAGAAAAAGUUAAGAGUUAAUGAAAAAAAAAAAAGCUGUUGGUUUAUAGACCGAACUUAAAUAGUUUGAACGAAGGCGGUCAGAGCGGCGCUGAGGUCGUCCUCCAGAGAGGAGAAGGUCCAACAAGAAUCCUCUGAUGGCGACCCGUCAGCACGAGGUGAGGCGAGGCGCCCACCCCCGGUCACGAAAACAGAGGCGCGGUGGUCCUGAGGUGUCUCCUCAGGCGGGUCCUGGCCAGUUCAUGCCACCUGCCGUCAUGACUCACGAGUCCCGGCUCACUGCGUGGCCUUGGUUUUCUUGCUUUUGCUUUUCUUGUCCUUCUUCUUCAGUCCGUCCAUGUGAGCGCGCAGCAGGUUGGAGUACGCCUGUGGAGGAGAGCCACGCCGUGAAACAUCCGCCGCUACGGUCAAAAACGGACGGACUACUCUGUAAUCUGAGGCUGUUUUAAACAACAUUGUGAAAUCACGGCGUUCUGGACUCCAAUGUAGCGAUGCUGACUUCAUGUUUGUUCUUAUUCAUAAACAUCAUUAUUCAGCCGUUUUGACACUAGUCUGACAUCAGAAGACAAAGCAGCUUGGAACAAUGAAGCGCCACACAAUAAUAACACGCUAGUGCCGAGCGCUUGUGUUAGCAUAGCAGUACACACGCCAACAGUGGAGGGCGCCACUCACCAUCUGGAACUUGAUCACUUCUUUGGUGUUGACCUGGAAAUCAAGGAAAAACAGGGAUGAGAAAGCCGUGUUGAAGACGUGACAUGAGCUGAGCUCAGCCAAAACCUCUCACCACUGUGCUGAUCUUCUUCUUGCCAUCCGUCGCUCUGAGCAGACACUUGUUGUCCGCCGGUUCAAAUGACUCCGAGCUUCCUUUCCUGGGCACCGGCUUGGUCCGGCCGUCAUCUGAGGAGGGCAAACGCACAUCACGUCACGGGCACAAAACGCCACCAAAGCCCUGGUGCACUUACAUUUCUUCAGUGUGAUCACCACGCUGCCGGAGGACCUGCACUUCUGGAAGAGCCGAGUGAGCUCUGUGAGGAACUGCAGGACAGAAACAAGCUCCGUUUCAGCUCAGUCACAUUUGGACAUGGAUCAGAUCAUGGAGCAGCAUCAGACU